AGACUGCAAGGUGCCUCUGCAUGAGCGGAGGUUGCUUCGACACUUUCCUGGACUCCCUUCUUUGUCUAUUAACAAUUGUGGCGAUCUAACCGGCUCACCAGAGAUCACCCAACAUCUAUCCUCUUUGAAGACACUGCGGCUACAAGACGAAGACAUGGAAGAACUGCCAAUAUGGUUGGGUGAGCUCCCAUCUCUAAAGAAUCUGCAUAUACAGUAUAGCAGUGGUGUAAAGGAGUUGAACGAGAACAUGAGGCAACUCAUAAAGCUUGAAUCGCUAGAACUGGGCUUCUGCCAUAGCAUAUCCGUUGUGCCACAGUGGCUAGGCGAAUUGACCUCUCUCAAGAAACUUUGGAUAUCUAACAAUGGAUGCUUGAGGUCUUUGCCGGCAAGCAUCCAACAACUCACCAGCCUCCAGGAAAUAGUACUUUUUAACUGCGAUGCAUUACAGCACGUGGUUGCUGAAACAGAGGGAAAGAUGAAGCUGGCUGACAACCAACAAAGGGAAUCUGCUCUGCCCACCUCUCUAAAGAGUCUUUAUCUGACUGGAUGUGAUGGUAUCAAGUCUUUUCCUGAGGGAAUACAUCAACUCACUAACCUACAACACCUAGAAAUAAUUAGCUGCCCUGGACUAAAGGAAUGGUGUGAAUUAGAGGAGACCAAGACCUUUCUGGCUCGCAUAGAAAAGAAGAGGAUUGAGUUCUAGACAGUGCAUGCAUAUACUGCCCAAUCAGCCUGCAAGAUUUUGUUCUGGAUGAUUUAAAAUGUUGGAGUUGAAGAAGGAGCUGAAAUUACAAGCCAUGGUGACGUGAAACUCGUUUGCAAGACCUGCAGCAUGUGACUUUGAAGCUGCAGGCCAUCGCCUGUACUAGUGUUUUGUUCUAUAGGGUCUCGAAACUCAAUGUAGAGUCCUCUCCCCCACCCUUUCUACUUUGUGCUUAGUUUGCAGGUAUAUGUUCCCUGCUCCUUUCACCGCCUCUCUGUUUUUGUAUGUUUACCAAAGGGAAGAUUGCAGUACUUGUAACGUCUGUGAUUUCCAUUUAUUCGGACCCGGUGAGCGUGGUAGGUACUCGCUUGUGUUGGCCAUGCCUACCACUUGUAAUCUGUUGCUAGUUUGGCUGUCAGCAAACUAGUCUACUCUUUACUAGUGACUGCUCUUUACAGUCUUACUCGGUGUUAGCAGCCAAAGCAGAGUUAGCUGCAUGGUUGCAGGCCUGAAUCAACCUACAAGGUUUUGUUGUGUGGAUGAUGUUAAAUUCACAGAGUUUU